AUGAGUUCUUCAUUCAAGCAGCUUAAAUUGUUGCAACUGAACAUGCUCCAUUUGUAAUACAUCCAAAACUUGUUUUAAUAUAGUUAAUAAAUAUUCAAUCUUAAACCUUAAAGAUUUUAAUUUUAAUUAAAAGCUCUACAAGUUGAAAGAAAUCCACAUGCGGAAUUUGAAAUGAGCUUUGAAGGUACAUCACCAAAAGUUAAAUCAAUACUUACUGUUCAGCAGCUUAAAUAAUUGUAACAGAACAAGUAGUUUUAGUCAAUUAGCUUUUUCUGUACAUGUUCCAUCAGUUCUACAAGCCUUACAAGCAUCAUUAGUAUCAGAUGUUGCUGGUGCAUUUUUACAAGCUCUAUCUUUACAUCCCAAUAAAAUGCAGUUAGUUUCGCUUUAUUUCAAACACAUAAGAUUUUCAAAGUUUAAUCACUGCAAUUGGUUCCACUAUCAACACAUCCAACUCCAGUCUUUGUUGUACAAGAAGAGAUUUAACCACUACAAACUGAAUCACUUGCUAAACUUGUUGUUAAUUUAUUACAAGUAUUAUUAGUUGUAUUCCAAUAGCAAUAAGCUUCUAUAAUAUUUUUUAAGUAUGAAGUAGCCUUUAAGUAUGUACUACAUUAAUCUAACUAAACACAAUGAACUCUAUCUGCGAUACAUUUGUUUAAAAUGGCUUUACGCUCCUCUCCUCAUAAAUUGUUUUAUUAGAAGCUAUACAUCCGGUGAAGAAGGUACAUUUGCUUGAUACCCAUGCACAUCAUUUAGUAAUGAAACUGACUUUAGAGAGAGCCUUAAAAACUUUUAGAAUCUAUCAUCAAAAAAUUAAGGGAUGUAUAAUAUAGCGAAG